AUGGCUCAGACGCCAGAGCAGCUCGUUCUGGGAGUUGCCAGGAAGAACCCCGAAGGAGCCAGUGAUGCGAUCCUUGAGAGGGAGCUUGCAGAUUUGUUGACUGUGGAACAACGUGCCAAUGCCAUCAACUCACUCCUCCAGACUGGGCGCCUGCAGCUUUUCAGCUCAGGCACGGGGUUGGUGUACAAGGAAGUGGACCUGAAUGUGGCCAUCAAGUUUCGCGGUCUUGGGACAGAGGAGUUGCUGGUGUACCAAGUUGUUGAGCAGUCCAGAAACAGUGGGAUCUGGACAAAGGAAAUGAAGUCGAAGACUGGCCUGGCCCAGCCACAGCUCACAAAGAUCCUGAAGAAUCUGGAGACCCGACAACUGGUGAAAACAUUCAGGCCAGUUGAGAACAAGACGCGGAAGAUGUACAUUCUGUACUCUCUGGAGCCUGCAGAGCAUCUCACGGGUGGCGCUUGGUACACAGACAUGGAGAAGGACACCGAAUUUAUCGAGGUCUUGCAGGAGGCGUGCUUCCGGGUCAUAAACCAUCGUGGCCUCGCGUCCCUCGCUGACAUCGCAGACUUCAUUCGCUCUAAGAACCUCUCACGAGUAGACCUGAGCAACAGCAACAUCAAGUCCAUAGUGGACACCCUGAUCUACGAUGGGCGCGUGGAUGAGGUGGAGGGCUCCUCUGGGGUGCAAUACAGGUCUGCGCUGCUGCAGCUGCCUGACUCCAGUGCCCUCACAUCUGUGCCCUGCGGUGUGUGUCCCGUUUUCAACGAGUGCAGGCCUGGGGGCAUUGUCUCACCAGAGUCGUGCAUCUAUUAUGACAAAUGGCUGGAUUUCUAA